AUGUCGUUGAUCACAUGCAUCUUGAAUCACACAGCAUCAGAAAUCAUUUCAGUAUCAAAUAUCAUAAAAAUAAACAUGGAAGCCAUCUUACUAUAUUUGUCUCUCACUCUUCUCAGCUUUCUUGUUGCUUUCAAGCUCAUCCUCAAAACAAGAACUACUCGACCAAAACACCUCCCACCUAGCCCACCUUCUCUUCCAAUUAUAGGUCAUCUCCAUCUCAUUAAAAAACCAUUGCACCGUACUUUCCAUGCCUUCUCACAAAAAUAUGGUCAAAUAUUCUCAUUCAAAUUUGGUUCACAACUUGUGGUCAUUGUUUCAUCCCCAUCAGCAGUUGAAGAAUGCUUCACAAAGAAUGACAUAGUAUUAGCCAACCGUCCUCCCUUCCUACUAGGCAAGCACGUUUCCUACAACAACACCACCUUAAAUCAAUCCCCAUAUGGCGAUCACUGGCGCAACCUCCGCCGCAUUAGUACCCUUGAAAUCUUCUCAAACAAUCGCCUCAACAAGUUCUUAGGCAUUCGAAGUGACGAGAUCAAGCACUUGCUACGAAACUUGUCACGCAACUCUUGCCACGGUUUCGCCAAGGUGGAGCUACAAUCAAUGCUAUUGGAGAUGACAUUUAACAACAUAAUGAGAAUGGUGGCAGGGAAACGAUACUACAGGUACGGUGAGGACGUGAAGGACGAGGAAGAAGCGAGACAGUUUAGGCGGAUAAUUAAAGAGUUAACAAGGUUCGGAGGGGCAUCAAAUCCAGCAGAGUUUGUGUCUAUCUUGCGGUGGAUGGAUUAUGGAGGUUUGGAGAAGAAGUUGAAGAGUCUCUCCAAGAGGAUGGAUGAGUUCUUGCAAGCACUCAUUGAUGAGAAAAGGCAUAAGGAGGAAGAGGGUAACACUAUGAUUGACCAUAUGCUUUCUUUGCAAAAAUCACAGCCAGAGUACUACACGGACCAAAUCAUCAAGGGGCUUAUAUUGGCAUUGGUACUUGCUGGGACGGAUACAUCAGCCGUCACAUUAGAGUGGGCGAUGACUAAUCUACUUAAUCAUCCUAAUAUAUUGAAGAAAGCUAGAGAUGAGAUAGAUAGUCAAAUUGGAGAAGAUAAAUUGAUUGAGGAAUCAAAUGUUUCCAAAUUACACUACCUUCAGAGUAUUAUCUCAGAAACCCUUCGAUUGUAUCCAGCAGCACCAUUGUUAGUACCCCAUAUGUCUUCCGCUGAUUGCACCAUUGGAGGAUAUGAUGUACCAAGUGGCACAAUGUUAUUGGUCAAUGCAUGGGCCAUACAUAGAGAUCCUAAAGUGUGGGAUGAUGCAACUAGUUUUAAGCCUGAGAGGUUUGAAAAUGGUGAGAGUGAAGGACAUAAUCUAAUGCCAUUUGGGAUUGGGAGGAGGACUUGUCCAGGGGCGGGCCUCGCCCAACGUACAGUGAGCCUGACUUUGGGUUCGUUAAUUCAAAGUUUUGAGUGGGAAAGGAUUACCACAGAAGAAGUUGAUAUGCACGAAGGUAGUGGGCUCACUAUGCCUAAGGCCAUGCCAUUGGAGGCCAUGUGUAAAGCACGCCCAAUCAUGCAUAAGCUUCUUUCUAAGUCAACAGAUGAUGUUUGAACAAUCUCCUCAAGUUACUUUUGAGAGACUUGCUUAGUUAUUUGUUAAUAAUUUUAAUCACUUAAUAACCUAAAAUAAACCAUUACAUAUUCAAUUUGAAAAUUGAAUUAUUGAAUCUAUAUGGAGUUGUAUCCCUUUUUGUUUUGUUUUUUUGUUUUUUGUUUUUGUUUUGGGUGUGGUGUUGUUGUUUUGGCUUGUACUGGAUGGAGAUUUGUAUAUUUGUUUAAGGAAUAAGAAAGAAUUUGGAUAA